ACAUGGAGAAUGCUUGCGUACAAAGAGUUGCUCACCGCCACCAAUGGCUUCUCUGACGAGAACAAGCUCGGCGAUGGCGGCUUCGGCAGUGUUUACUUGGGUAAAACCGGUGAUGGUCUCCAGAUAGCUGUUAAGAAGUUGAAAUCCAUGACUUCAAAAGCUGAAAUGGAGUUUGCACUGGAAGUUGAGGUUCUCGGAAGGGUCAGGCACAAGAAUCUGUUGGGACUAAGGGGUUACUGUGUCGGGACCGAUCAAAGGCUCAUCAUUUACGAGUGCAUGCCGAAUCUUAGCCUGCUGUCUCACCUGCACGGCCAUUUUGCCGACGAGGUUCAAUUAGACUGGCCAAAGAGAAUGAAGAUCGCAAUUGGUUCUGCAGAAGGCAUAUCGUACUUGCACCAUGAGGUAACGCCCCACAUCAUUCAUAGAGACAUCAAGGCAAGCAAUGUGCUACUCGAUUCGGAUUACGAACCUCUCGUCGCCGAUUUCGGCUUUGCGAAGCUAAUCCCCGAUGGCAUAAGCCACAUGACGACUCGUGUGAAGGGUACUUUAGGAUACCUUGCGCCGGAAUACGCCAUGUGGGGAAAGGUUUCCGACGGCUGCGAUGUUUAUAGUUUCGGUAUUCUCUUGCUUGAGCUUCUCACGGGGAGAAAGCCUGAAGAAAAGUUACCUGGUGGCAUGAAAAGGACCAUAACUGAGUUGGCCGAGCGGCUUAUAGCUAAAGGGCGGUUUAAAGACCUCGUUGAUCCGAGGCUUCGAGGAAAUUUCGACGAAAACCAAUUGAAACAAGCCAUCGGUGUUGCUUGUCUAUGCGUGCAAAGCGAACCGGAGAAGCGGCCGGCCAUGAAGGAAGUGGUUUAUAUGCUUAAAGGGAACGGCAGCGAAGGAAAAGUUGUGCAGACUAGAAUGAAUAACAUUAAGUACAAGGCGGAAUUAAUGGCACUUGAUCAAACAAGUGACGACGACGAUGGUGGCACUGAUGAAAGCUAUGGGGGUAUUUGGUCCCAUGGAGAUGCAUAG